CCUCCACAAGACACGCACGUGCGCGCAUGCACGUCCACACACAUUUUAAAGGAAUUAACCUCAUUUUCGGGGCAGGCGGCACCUAUCAAGUUUAAAAUCGAGUUUGCAAUGCCACGUCUUUGUUUUUGUUUUUUUGGGUUACUGAUUUGAUUGAGCAUGUGACCGAAUUAGAGGCUCACAUGGCUGAGGUGGCUGCAUGAUCCGCUUUGGGUUUUUUAAAGUCCGGUGAUCGGUAGCUCCCUCGGCAGCGACCAUCCAGAGCGGAGGACCGCUGCGAAACACCAGCGCCCACCCGGACAAAUCAUGGCGAACAGCGGGCAGAAAGUUGUGCUGAUCACCGGCUGCUCCUCCGGCAUCGGGUUACGAAUCGCCGUCACGCUGGCCAAAGAUGAAAAGAAGCGUUACCAUGUCAUUGCCACAAUGCGGGACCUGAAGAAGAAGGACAAGCUACUGGAGGCAGCUGGAGACACAUAUGGCAAGACCUUGAUGUUGCUUCCACUAGACGUGUGCAGUGACGAUUCAGUCAAGCAGUGCAUCAACAAUGUCAAGGACCGCCAUAUUGAUAUCCUGAUCAACAAUGCAGGUGUGGGCUUGCUGGGACCUGUGGAAAGCAUCAGCAUCGAGGAGAUGAAAAGAGUAUUUGAGACCAACUUCUUCGGUGUAGUUCGCAUGAUCAAAGAAGUGAUGCCAGACAUGAAGAAGAGGCGUUCAGGACACAUCGUGGUCAUGAGCAGUGUCAUGGGUCUUCAGGGAGUGGUGUUCAAUGAUGUUUACACUGCCUCUAAGUUUGCCAUGGAAGGAUUCUGUGAGAGCAUGGCCGUGCAGUUGAUGAAGUUCAAUAUCCGGUUGUCCAUGAUUGAGCCCGGCCCAGUUCACACAGAGUUUGAGACAAAGAUGAUGGAGGAUGUGGCCAAGAUGGAGUAUCCAGGAGUAGAUGCUGACACAGUUCGGUAUUUUAAAGACGUUUACCUGCCAUCGUCCAUAGAUAUAUUUGAAGCCAUGGGCCAGACGCCAGAGGACAUAGCCAAAUGCACUAAAAAGGUAAUUGAGUCAAACAGCCCUCGCUUCAGGAAUCUGACCAACAGCCUCUACACACCCAUUGUGGCCUUAAAGUACGCAGAUGAGACUGGUGGCCUUUCUGUCAACACCUUCUACAAUCUACUCUUCAAUUUUGGCCCUCUCAUGCACAUCACCAUGAGCAUCCUCAAGUGCCUGACAUGCAGCUGUCUGCGUAGACGCACUGUCUCACCUAACUAAAAAAGGGUGACCAAUCCUGCCUCUUACCUUUCCCCUCCCUGUUUGCUGACCCUCACCAAGUUCCUACUGCCUUCUCCUGAGGUAUUUGGCUAAGCAGGUAGACUAGAGCCAGUAACCCAGGAAAGGGGAGGUGCCUUUUAGUUCAAAGACAUUACCAUGAUAAGCUUUGCCAUCAUGCACAAUUGCACAGGUUUGUCACAGAGAUGUUGUGUUCAGGAUGGCAUCAUGUACUCAAACACUCACACACUGAGAGAAACAUACAAAUAUUAAACACAGAAAUACAAGCAACACACACAAACAUUGGAUUAUUGUACAUACAUACUAUUAAGCUAAAGCCACGCCUUAGUCAGAUAAAGCGUGGCUAUACAGUUAUUAGAUGUCUAUAUUGUUUAAAUGAGAACUCACAGACAGGACAUGAGAUGCGAGCCCAAUGGACAGACAACAAAGCACAAAAAAAAUGAACUCUGUUACAGAGAGAGACAAUAAAAUUAUAGUGAAAUAAUAAUUCUAUAACUUGUAGCCUAGACAACUGUACACUCAGGCUCACCAGAGUUAUAACAUGUAUGACAGAGACCGAAUGAAUUUAUCUGCUUCAAUUGUUUCGUUCCCUUAAUUUCAUGUUUUUAGUGUUCUCAUGGUCAUAACUGCUGUUAAAUCAUAUUUUUUAAUUUUUUGAUAAACUGAAGGUUUGUGAAGGUAGAUAUUUUUAAUCUAACUUCUUGAUUUAAAAAUAAAUAAAGUUUUGAU